CUGUAUGGAGGGUAAGUUAAGCAGAGGACACAAUGUUGGGAAUGUAUGGAGUCACGACGCACAGACGCAAAACCCUUCGUCAUGACCUGAGCUGAAGCACGGAGGGAUUUCUUUAGUGACGUGAAAUUUAGGGGGCUUACAAUUAGAGAUGGUUCGUGCUGCAUAACCACGGCUUCCAGCAGCUUUUUGACGACGUUAAACCCCUUAUACUUUUGUUUUGAAUUUAUUUUUUGUUAAAAUCAACCACUUCUAAAGUCUAUUUCUAUCAAUGUAGCUUUACUUUGGUCAAAUUUAGCUUUUGUGUUGAUGUAAUAUUUCGGGAGCCAAAAGAGCGUGCUUUGCGUGGGAGCGCGGAGCGUGCGCGCGGGUAGUGAAGAGAGCUGUUGGAUCAGUGGAGACGCUGCUGCGUGCAGCGCGGCUGUGCACCUGUGGACCUCUGCAAACACUGUGGACUCUUUCUGUGUUUUCCUUCAUUUACCUGGGAUUUGUCUAGAGCCUAAAGCCCGAGAGAGUCGGAUGCGCGGCUGGAUUUGGAGCAGCCUGUCCAGGUUCAGCACCACCGCUGUGAACAGCUCCCGGUCAUCGCGUGGAUGGGCUCCGGUCUGCGAGCGUCGAGCAGCUCCUAAAUAACCAUGGCAUCGCACGGCUUCUGGUCCCUGGGCGCGGACAACACGGGAGCAAACCCCGGGAGUCAGAGCCCCAGCACGCCCAGGGCUUGGUGCCAAGCAGCGGCCCAGAAAUUACCUGUAGGAAUUGGAUCAAAAUUAUGUGCCCUGCUAAAUGUGGGAGAAGGAGAGAAACCAGUGGAUCCUGGCGCCAAACAGCCGCCACCAAGCGCCCCUGGCCCCGGCUGCGGCUGCACCAAAACCUGCACCUGCAACAAGACUGCCGCGUUCUCUGACCUUUAUUCAACAGACUUGCUCCCGGCCGCGGAUGGAGACUCCAAAACCAUGACGUUCCUGCAAGAGGUAGUGGACAUUUUACUGGCCUACAUCGUGGAGUCCUUUGAUCGGGAGACUAAAGUGAUAGACUUCCAUUACCCGAACGAGCUGCUCCAGAUGAACAACUGGGAGCUCCAGAGCCAGCCCGCCUCGCUCGAUGACAUCUUGAUCAGCUGCCGCGCCACGCUCAAGUACGCCAUCAAAACAGCCCACCCCAGGUACUUCAAUCAGCUUUCUACAGGCUUAGACAUGGUCGGACUAGCAGCUGACUGGCUAACAUCCACAGCCAACACCAAUAUGUUCACGUAUGAGGUGGCCCCUGUCUUUGUGCUGCUGGAAUACGUCACUCUGAAGAAGAUGAGGGAGAUCAUUGGCUGGUCGGAUGGGCGCGGAGAUGGCAUUUUCUCUCCUGGUGGUGCUAUUUCCAAUAUGUACGCCAUGCUGCUGGCCCGAUUCAAGAUGUUCCCUGAAGUGAAGGAGAAAGGAAUGUCAUGCAUCCCCAAGCUGGUGGCCUUCACAUCCGAGCACAGCCAUUUCUCCAUCAAAAAAGGUGCGGCAGCACUGGGCAUUGGCACAGAGAGCGUGGUAUGCAUCAAAGCAGAUGAAAGCGGCAAAAUGAUCCCAGCCGACCUUGAGAGAAGAAUACUGGAGGCCAAACAGAAGGGGCUUGUGCCUUUCUUUGUUAGCGCAACUGCCGGAACAACUGUCUAUGGCGCCUUUGAUCCACUUAUUGCUGUUUCAGAUAUUUGCAAAAAGUAUAACAUCUGGAUGCAUGUGGAUGGUGCUUGGGGAGGGAGUCUGCUGAUGUCAAGGAGACACCGGUGGAAGCUGGAUGGUGUUGAAAGGGCCAAUUCAGUGACAUGGAACCCACACAAGAUGAUGGGUGUGCCUCUGCAAUGUUCUGCUCUCUUGGUCAGAGAGGAGGGUUUGAUGCAGAGCUGCAACCAGAUGCAUGCGUGCUACCUGUUUCAGCAGGACAAGCACUACGACCUGUCCUAUGACACCGGAGACAAGGCCCUGCAGUGUGGACGUCACGUAGACAUCUUCAAACUAUGGCUCAUGUGGAGGGCCAAGGGCACCAUUGGCUUUGAGGCUCAGAUAGACAAGUGUCUGGAGCUGUCCGAGUACCUAUACAACAAGAUCAAGGACAGAGAAGGAUAUGAGAUGGUCUUUGAUGGAAAACCUCAGCACACCAACGUCUGCUUCUGGUACCUGCCCCCCGGGGUCCGCUACAUUGAGGACAAAGAUGAGAAAAAGAAACAGUUGCAUAAGGUGGCCCCUGUGAUAAAAGCACGCAUGAUGGAAUACGGCACCACCAUGGUCAGCUACCAGCCGCAGGGGGACAAGGUCAACUUCUUCCGCAUGGUCAUCUCCAACCCAGCCGCCACCUUCGAGGACAUCGACUUUCUUAUUGAGGAGAUCGAAAGGCUGGGACAGGACCUAUAAGACUCCUCUGCCCUGUCCUCAUGCCCCCCCUUUGAUGGAUGAUGAUGUUUGUGGUGAAUGUACUGGUAAAGCUUCCUUUUCUCUCUUUGGUAGCACUUCAUAAUAACUCCACUUUUAAUCGACGUAAUAAAGGAACAAAUACUUAAUUCAAGAACAAAUUGAUUCUUGCUUAGUAAGUACUUAAAAAUUCUUGGUCAACUAAGGACAUAUCCGAUCAGUUAGUCAACUAAAAAGAGGGCAUGGCAAAAGCUCUUAAAAUUAUUUGGGAUCUGUGUGUGUCUGACCCAAAAUACAUUAAUAAGACAACAAUUGAACCAUUUACACGAAAAUUUAGAUUUUUUUUUAGGAAAAUGUAUUGACCCACAAAUUUAAUUUGCCUUUUUACAUAUAAAAUCGUUCUUGUGCAAGGAAACAUGGAAAAUGUCUUCUGGCUGUUUAUUUUCUGAACACAACGGCUACUGUUGCUGCAACCCACGCCAAAACAAGAGCAAAACAACAGCAGUCUCAACUCAGUAGAGCCAGUCUCCAAAACAGGCCAGUAACUGCUGAAUAGAAUUCUCACAUCAACCAAGUGUCACAUACAAAAGCAGUUACAUCAACAACAACACAUAAACAGUUACAGUUACAAGAACAACACAAGGUAUCAACCCUGAACUAAACACAAAAUGUAAGAUCAUUACAAUACCAAAAAAUACAAAAUCUUCAACUCAGUCACUCACUCACUAACACCUCCUUUCUGCUGUUAUAAAGUCUUAUCUAAAUACAAUGGUUAGCAUAGUCUAGUUGACUGAUAGCCUACAAAUUGUGGUCAUCACCAUCAACCGAUUAAUUGCCUAAACAACUAAAGGCCUAGAGCCCUAAACUCCUAACCCGUUACUUAAGUAGUUACAAAGCCUGAAUCAUUUUAAUAAACAAUUUGCUCAUUAUGAAUUAAGCCUUUGUUCAUGCUUUAUUAAGGCUAAUUAAGGUGUAGUUAUAAAGUGAUACCCUCUCUCUUCCCUCCCUAUUUAAGAGUAUACUGAAAAAAAAUUAACUCUAUAGAUAUAAUCAUAUAUGUAUUGUAGCUUUUCUGUGGACAGCCUUGGUCCAAAAGGCAAACCGCUUCUGUCUACUUUCCCUAUAGUGGCAUAGACUUCUUCGAGUAGUGUAAGUGACGUACGUUUGUAACUUUUGUGAUCUGAUACGCUUGUGCAAUAGAAAGACGUUAUUUUUGGAAACCAUUAUUAUCAUUUUGCCGUUGGUAAGUGCCAAACGUGCUUGUGUUCUAUUGUAACUUAACAUUUGGAACUUGUAAAUGAAAAAUAGCACUUCACCUUACCUCAGCUUGAGUAACUGCCUUCACCUCUGCACAAUUCUCUGCUGGUAACGCCAGGACAGCACCCCCCAAUAACUCAAACCUGUUUUUAUGCAUGGAACAGUAGUACGAAGUUCAGUAGUGUUGUUAAUUACAUGUAAAGAACUGUCAUUUUGUAAGCCACCAGCUACUGUAUAUGUGGGACCAUUUGUAAUCAAGCCGUAUAUUCCACUGUAUGUAGGUGCUUUCUGUGUCAUAUGAGGGUAAUAAUAGAAACAGUGUUGCCAUUCGAGGUCAUGUAAAGUUAUGAUCCUUAAUAUUUUUAGAAUUUCAUUUAGGCAUGUCUGAAACUUUAAUGGGGCAACCAAAGACUAAAACAUGGUGGUAUGCCUUGAGAUAAUAAGGAUUGUAACUUGAUACAAACCUACUCACUGUCAUUCUCAGAGGUUGUUCAAAAGCACUUAGUGAAAGCCAGGGUGUUGCAAGUACUGGCACUAUCGGAGUUAGACUCGAAAAGAAAACCAGAUAGCAGCUCAUGUAUACCUGACUUGCACUAAAUCAUUAGGGACAGGUGUCUCCCUUAGCAUUGCAGUUUAGUUAAUUCACAAGCAAUAUUCGGAUCUGUAAAAACUGCAAAACAAUUCCAAACAGUGUAAUCUGGUGUGGUCAAGGAUAAUCAUCAGAGUAGAGUAGUGAGCUCAUACCUGGAGGUCACAGGUGAACCCUGCUCUAAGCUGAGGGUCUGUAGCAUUUUAUUAGAAGUUAGACAAGCACAAUUUGCUCUUCAUGGUCGCUCAGUGUACAAUCAUAGAGUGUAAAUAGACUUUCAAGAUGUCCUAAGUACAUAUCCUUGUGUAUACAUAUGUGUAUAUAAGACAUGUAAGCAGAGACUAUUUGUGAGCUAACCAUAUUUUCUCUAUCUUCAGCACAGCCGUGUUGUUAGGCUUUUUCCUGUGUGUUCGUAUGUCAGAUACUUGACUUGGUUUGUGACUCCAACUCUUUUAAAGAAAUGUUUCAGGGACUGGCUUUAAAGGAAAUGGUGGCCUCUGCCUCUGGCUGUCAGAGAGGGGAGGUGCAGCGUGGCUUUCUGACCAUUAUGCAAAGCCAUUAGAACUCUGAAGCUGUGUUUGUGCACAAGUGAUACUUGACAGUGUGUGCCGAUGUGUACUUAGUGUGUCUGUAUAUCUCUUGUUUGUUGCCUUAGUAUUACAGUAUUGUCUCGUUUUCCUCCCACAGGAGGCCGUGCACUUUAGAGUAUACUCAUGACCCAAUAAUGUGCAAUGUUCCAUGGUUGUUUCUAAGUGGCUGUUUCAAAUAUGUAACUCAAGCUUGUUGGUCUGAAUGUGUCAAAGCAAGAGUCUGUUCCAAAAGAGGCUUAUUUUUGCUGAGUAAAGAACUAUGUAACCAUCUUACAUCCCAAAGUAGAGUCCACAAAACAAAGAGAAAAGUCCUUUUGAAAAGUGUAUAUUUGUAUUGAAUAGGUGCACAGUGAAUGGGUGCACACUGUGACACAGACAACAUGAGACUCCGCUCCUAUACAAAGUCCCUGUGGUGGUCUUGGACAUUCUGUUCUCUGCUGCUGCUGCUAGAUCGCUGCUUCCUUUGCACGUGCAUGCUAUGCCUUGCCUAUCCAGCUUGUUUGAUAUCCUGUGCUAUCUAUCUAUCUAUUUCUAUAUAUUCUAUAUCCGUAUACCAGUGUGUGUAGCUUUGUAAUUAGCAUUAGUGUGGGAUGUAUAGCCGGCCUGUAGAAUAGUGCUCUGUCGCUCUAGCCUUUACAUGUGAUCUCUAUGUCCUUGCUUGGUGUAACUCUCCUGUGCUAAGCAUGCUAACCUCGCCUUGCAUUACUCUUCUCUGCGCUUAGAGCUCUCUUUCUUCUGUCUUUCUCUUCUGCUUGAGCCUGUCGCUGCUUGGAUCCUAGCCUCUUAUAUAUGUGUGUAGUCCCUCCGCAUGUCUAUGGGAACGCUGCUUUCUGCUCUGCUCUGUAUGACUUCUAUCUUUCUCUCUUUCUGGCGCUUAGCCUCUGGUAGCAGUGACGCGUAUAUCUUUCCUCCAGUGUUUCUUGGCUGCCCACCGUGGGUCUGUUUGGGCGGUCUCCAUGGUGACCUGUGUCAUGGUGUGAAAUCAGCAGCACCCGUCUUUACCAAAUACCGAGUCAAUCUAAUGGGAUGUAUGAGUGGUAAUAUACUAUUUAUUGUCAAUGCAUAGAUAUUAUAUGAAUAUUUGCUUUUACAGAACUAUUGUUUAUUGUAACAGAUAUUAAGCCAGAGUGCAGUAUGUUCUCUGGAUAUGGUGCAAUUUCAUGAUAUAUUCUGCAAACCAAUGUGCUCGCUUCUCUUAAACAUUCAUUUGUCCUCAGAUACUAUAUGUUACUCUUAAGAAGAUAGAAAUAAAUAUUGUCUAUUCAA